AUGGAUGAUUCACUUGGCUUACCAGCUUCCAGUCAGCUUAUUUAUGGUACAAUGGAAGAAACACUUAAUUCAGCUGAAACACUAAGAACACUUGACAAAAUAAACAAAAAACAUGUGGCUGUUCAACCCCUAUCUUUAAAACGUCGUUACAAUAUUCAAGAGAAACGAAAACUAACAUGUUCACCUAAAUAUAAAGGAAAUCAGAGUGUUAUACAAAAUGAAAUUGGAGAGUGUUAUCCAAAGUCAAGUCGUUCGAAACAAUCAACAAAUGAACAUCGUAAUUAUGAACCAUUAAAAAAAUGGUAUGAAAAACAUCACACAAAUCCAUAUCCAACACCAGAUGAAAAAAAAAUAUUAGCCAAAAAAGCCAAUAUGACUAUUACGCAAGUAGGCAACUGGUUUAGUUUUGAACGUUAUAAAGAAAAAACCACUAAAAUACAGACAACAACAUCGACUACUGAAUUACAAGAUGAUGAUCACGAAGAAAUAAUUGGUUCAUUACCGAUUAUUAAUUCAGCACCAGUUCAAUGUGGUUGGAAUGCUUACAAUGAAGAAAUUGAUGUCAGUGGUGAAGACAGCGAAUUCGACAUGUUGCCCAAAGCUGGUAGUUCACAUUCAAAACAAGAACCUGAUUUACCAUUUCGAACAUUUCCUGCCAGAUUUGCUGAUCAAUUGCCAAGUCAUUUGACAAGAACAAGAAUGGUUAAUCAUGAUAAAAUGAUUGUGAAAGUUGAACAACAACAAAUGGUCAUAUCAAUAAGUAAUCUAAAUACUGAACAAAUGUCAAAAGUUGAACAGUUUAUAAAAAAAUUUAAAAUAUUGAAUUCGAUGUCGGAUAUUAUUGAUGAAACAACAACACAUUUAGUAACGGAUGAACUUGAUGAUCAACUACUUGUCUGUACAUUAACAAAAAAUGUGAUUAGAGCAAUAACACGUCAUCUUUACGUUGUUUCAUAUCGAUGGAUUAUUGAUUGUUUAAAACAAGAAAGUAUAAUUAACUAUGAAGAUUAUGAAAUUCAUGGUGAUACAUUAAUUUCAUCUCAACAUAAUGGACCACGUACAUCAAGGUUGAAUAAAAGGAAUUUAUUGUUUCCUGUGAAUAUUUUUGUUAAAAUAUCAUCACCUGGUUACAUGGGAAUUAAUGUUGAUGGUUUAAGUGAAUUAGUCUGGUCAAAUGGUGCAACAUAUGUUCAAGAUAAUCCAUUUCCCAGAACAGCAUCUGAACGAUUAUGUAUUGAAUUAACUGAAGAUGAAUUAAUAAACGAUCAGCAAGCAUAUAAAAAUGGUAUUGAACAAGGAAUACAUUAUUUACAUCCAAAAUGGUUAAUUGAUUCGAUUGUUAAACAUAAGGUACAACCUAUUUGGAAAUAUCAGUGUGCGCCAGUAUUCGAACAGUAG